CUGAUCUUCACAGAAGUCGCUGUGGUAACUUGGGAUUAGCGGAAAAUGGCAAAGAGAUUCAUUCUUUUGCUUUUCAUCGCCAUCUGGCUGAGCGGAAGUGUCAGCGGGCAGAGAGACCACCCACGUGGCCGCUCUUUCGAUGCCGAAUCGCACCCCAUCAAGUUUGCGGAGGAGCAGCAGACCCAGUAUUGGGUGGAUAAGGCUCAGGCGAAGCUGCUAUCCAAACUGGCCGAGGCACAGGCGACUUCCGCGAACAAGGCCAAAAACGUGAUCAUGUUCCUGGGUGACGGAAUGUCCGUUCACACGGUAACGGCCACUCGGAACUUGUUAGGUGAUAGUGCAGAGCAGGUGUACUUCGACCGAUUCCCCUACACUGGAUUUUCCAAGACUUACUGUGUGAAUCGCCAGGUGGCUGAUUCCGCUUGCACGGCUACCGCCUAUUUGGGUGGAGUGAAGGGAAACUAUGGAACAAUCGGUGUGAAUGCCAAUGUGCCCAGGUACAGUUGUAACGGCGCCGCCAAUGAGGAGGAUCGUGUGCUUAGCAUAGCCCAAUGGGCACAAGCGGCGGGCAAGGAUGCAGGAUUUGUGACCACAGCCAGGGUGACCCAUGCUUCACCAGCUGGCGUUUAUGCCCAUAUCGCUGAUCGUAAUUGGGAGAACGACUGGGAGGUGGCCAAUGGAAAUUGUGAUCCUGAGCAGACCAUCGACAUUGCCCGUCAAUUGGUGGAGCAGCCAGUAGGUCAGCAGCUCAAAGUUAUCCUCGGAGGUGGUCGCAAGAACUUCAUUAACAGCACAACGAACGAUGAGGAGGGAUAUUCUGGCGAUCGCGUCGAUGGUCGCAACCUAAUUCGCAAUUGGUUGGAUCAGAAGAAAGAAGCCAAUGUCUCCGCCGAGUAUGUUUGGAGUCGAAAGGGUCUUAGUCUGUUGGAUCUGGAUAAGACAGACUAUCUCUUGGGUCUCUUCGCUAACGAUCACCUGCCCUACAAUGGAGAUCGGGAGAGGAAGCGCAGCCAGCUGGCGGAUCCCUCGCUAAGUGAGCUCACAGAAGCUGCCAUCAAGGUUCUGAGUCGCAACAGUGAGGGUUUCUUCUUGUUCGUCGAGGGUGCCCGCAUCGAUAUGGCCCAUCAUGAUUCCUAUGCCAAGAGAUCGCUUGAGGACACCGCCGAGUUUGCUAGGGCCGUCCAGACAGCCCGCGAGUUGACCUCCGAGGAUGACACACUGAUCGUAGUAACCGCCGAUCAUGCUCAUGUUAUGACCAUCAAUGGUUAUCCUUUCCGCGACCAGGAGAUCACCGGCUUGGCUCAGCUAGCUGAUGACAACCUGCCCUAUACGUCUUUGUCCUAUGCCAAUGGACCUGGUUAUUACACUGCGUACAAUCGUGUUGAGGGUCGUGCCCUGCUGAAGGAGAAGUUGGUCGAGGAUGUAGACUUUGAGUAUCCGGCUCUGGUGCCAUUGGAUUCGGAAACCCAUGGUGGAGACGAUGUGGCGGUAUAUGCCUCGGGACCCUAUGCCCAGUACUUUAGUGGCAACUACGAGCAGAGCAACAUUCCGGCUCUGAUGGCCCGGGCAGCUGGCAUCGGUCCCUAUGCCUAAAAACAGGCAUUUUUCUUUAGCAUAUGUAAAACUCUUCUGGCUGGAGAUAAUCCAAUUAAAAUGCAUCAUAGCUAAA